CGCCCCACCAGCCCGUCUCUGACCUCGUGUGCUGGAGCUGUGAUCUGUACGUUGUGUGCGUGCUGGAGCUGUGAUCUGUACGUUGUGUGUGUGCUGUUGCUUCCCUUCAGUUCACGCACCACCAGGGUCUGUACCUAGCUGUACACCACCAGGGUCUGUACCUAGCUGUAGACCACCAGGGUCUGUACCGAGCUGUAGACCACCAGGGUCUGUACCUAGCUGCAGACCACAAUAUCACCAGGGUCUGUACCGAGCUGUACACCACUAGGGUCUGUACCGAGCUGAAGACCACCAGGGUCUGUACCUAGCUGCAGACCACAAUAUCACCAGGGUCUGUACCGACAGACCACAAGAGUCUGUACCGACAGAUCACCAGGGUUUGUACCGACAGAUCACCGGUGUCUGUACCAACAGACCACCAGGGUCUGUGCCAACAGACCACCAGGGUCUGUGCCAACAGACCACCAGAGUCUGUACCAAACUGAAGACCAACAGACCACCAAAUAACUCACCUAACAACCCACGAUCUCACCCAGAUGACUGAUAACUCAUUCUACCUUACGAACGACUGACAAAGGUGCCGUCCACAGGUGAUACUCAUCGCGUGCCGUGAACUCCUGUGUGCGUGUCACGUGUCGUACUGGAGUGGCACUGGCACUGUCUCUCCAGUAACCUCAGGUGAAUGUCCUACACUGGGACCCUACAUGAAUCUAACAGUGAAAAAAAUAGAUUAAUUGAAAAUAUCAGGUGAAAAUAUCCGGUGAAUUAAUUACAGGUCGUCAAUAAACCUGAUUAACGGAAUUAUAACAUUAAUUUUUACUUAUCUUGAAUAAAAAAAUUAUUAUAUAUCAAAAUAAUCAGUGUGCAAAAGAUAAAAACGAAACCUGGACUGAUAACUGAAACCCAGGCGAAAGAAACCCAUAUAUUAGGGCCUCAAUCUGAGCCCCUCUUCAGUAGAUAAGAGUUCCAGUGACUUCAGCGUUACGUUUGUGUGUUUGUUCAAAAGAAGGAAAAGACAUGUGGUAUGACAUAAAGUGAUGUGGAACACUUAGAGCAACUUAAAGAGCGCUUAAAAAGUGAAUUCAGCAACACUUAAAGACACUUUUAACACUUUUAUGUAAGGAGAAAGUUGCUUUGAGUAACUGAGAAGGAGAGAGUUGAGAUGUGAGAUGUGGAUAUAAAUAGAAUGUAAUGAUAACUGCUGAGAGGAAAGGGACUAAUAGAGAAGAGAGGGACUAAUAGAGAAGAGAGGGACUAAUAGAGAAGAGAGGGACUAAUAGAGAAGAGAGGGACUAAUAGAGAAGAGAGGGACUAGUAGAGAAGAGAGGGACUGGUAAAGAAGAGUCCAUACAGAAGAGAGGAACUGAGAAGAUGGGAGUACCAAAGAUGGGCCAGGACGAGAGUGCUUCUACUGGACCUGUGACAGAUGGAGGAAAAGUGAGUCAGGAUGGACGAAAGGUGAUGAAGUCGACUGAGGAGAAGAGACUUGAUCGGAUCAGCAGUUGCAUGGAGGAACUGUCAGCUCUGUUGGCUGAAGAACGUCGUGCUAAGACUGAUGAUGGCUGCAAAAGUGCCACGCAGGAGAAAACUGACAUGCUGGAGCUGACAAUGAGGCACUGGCAGAGUGCCAUGGCUGUAAGCAGUGCCAGGAGCAGUGACAAGGAGGCAGGAACUGAAAGAAGUGGCCACACUUCAGACCCGGGUAACAGUAGCUACCUGAAAGGGUACAAGCAGUGUAUACAAGUGGUUAAUGAUGUACUGAAGGCCAGUGAAGGACCAGACGCAGAGUGCCUCCGUCAGGAACUUGUGCAGCAUCUGUCUUCGAAGGUCCAGGAGCUGACACCUUCAUCGGUGUCAGCUGGGGAGAAUGCCAGGGCCGGUGUUCCCGUUAUCUCCCCUCCAUCGGCGUCUGCUGAGACAGAGCAGAGUCACCCAGCAUCCCUAGAGAAUGCAGCCAACAUAUCUGCGAUCCACGGACAUUCAAAGAACAGUGGUCCAUCGAGGAAGGAUACAAUUACUACCACGACGGCCAUCACUCUCCAGACUUCCCCCUGUGUUAAGCACAUCAACAAGAGCGAAGAACUCAAGACCUCGAAGUCUCUGGCGCCUGUUGCGCGCUGCGCUGGCUGCCAGAAGUCCACAGUAACAGCAGUCAACAGCAGAGAGGAAUUCAGUUGCUCACAGCCGCCCAUGACAGCACACUCCAACUUCCACAGCAAAGUGUCUCCGGUACCUAAGACACUUAAUCCAGCUGAAGUAAGUCACAAUGACGUGAGGAAUGAGUCCCAUCUGGAUCUCUUCCAAAGACCUACAAAGUCACGAAGACUUCUGGAGAAUGAGGAAUGCGCUGAGACAGACGUUAUCUUAGUAUAAAAUGGAAAAUAGAGUUAGAGAAAGGCGAAAAAAAUAUGGAUGGAAAGAAAGCAAUUUAACAAUGUCAAAAUUAGGUGAUACAAAUUUAAGUUAAUGGGAGUUUGAAGUCUAUCGACUACACGAGGGUCAUUAAUACUGUGUGUAACCUUUUCACCACCAAUCAAGAAUGCUUUCAACUUUAAUUAAAGAAUUAAAGUAAACUGUCAGUGUAUAUACUCUGAGGGAUAUACACCUCUCAGUGUAUAUACUCUGAGGGAUAUACACCUCUCAGUGUAUAUACUCUGAGGGAUAUACACCUCUCAGUGUAUAUACUCUGAGGGAUAUACACCUCUCAGUGUAUAUACUCUGAGGGAUAU